AUGCCUUUUGUCAAAGAUUUUACUCCAAUUGCCUUAAACGACACUAACUUAUUCAAGCCAAUCAAGAUUGGUAACAUCGAACUACAACACAGAGCUGUUAUGCCUCCUUUAACCAGAAUGAGAGCUCACCAUCCAGGUCAUAUUCCAAACAAGGACUGGACUGCUGAAUACUACGACCAGCGUUCUCAAAGACCAGGUACUUUAAUCAUCACCGAAGGUGCCUUCAUCUCCGAACAAGCCGGUGGUUACGACAAUGCUCCAGGUAUCUGGUCUCAAGAACAAGUUGAAGAAUGGAAGAAGAUUUUUGCCAGAAUUCACAAGAACAAGUCCUUCGUCUACGUCCAAUUAUGGAACUUGGGUAGACAAGCUGAACCAGCCGCCAUGGCCAGAGAUGGUUUGCGUUACGAUUCUGCUUCCGACGAAAUUUACAUGGAUGAAGAAAAGGAAUCUUCCGCUAAGAAGGCUGGUAUCAAGCAACACGGUAUUACCAAGGAUGAAAUCAAGCAAUACAUCAAGGAAUACGUUCAAGCUGCCAAGAACUCUAUUGAAGCCGGUGCUGAUGGUGUUGAAAUUCAUAGUGCAAACAGUUAUUUAUUAAACCAAUUCUUAGACCCAAUUUCCAACAAAAGAACUGACGAAUAUGGUGGUUCAAUUGAAAACAGGGCCAGAUUCGCAUUGGAAGUUGUCGACGCUUUAGUUGAAGCCAUUGGUCACGAAAGAGUUGGUAUCAGAUUCUCCCCAUAUGGUACCUACGGUACCAUGUCUGGUUCUGCUGAACCACUCAUUGUUGCUCAAUAUUCUUACAUCCUAGGUGAAUUAGAAAAGAGAGCUAAAGAGGGCAAACGUCUAUCUUUCGUCCACUUGGUUGAACCUCGUGUCACUAACCCAUUCUUAACCGAAGGUGAAGGUGCUGAUGAAGAUGGUACUAAUGACUUCGCUUACUCUAUCUGGAAGGGUCCAAUCAUCAGGGCCGGUAACCUUGCUUUACAUCCAGAAAGUGUUAAGACCUUAGUUGCUGACAACAGAACUUUAAUUGGUUACGGUAGAUUCUUCAUUGCCAACCCAGAUGUCGUCGACCGUUUAGAAAAGGGUUUACCAUUGAACAAAUAUGACAGAAAUACGUUCUACGCCAUGUCUGACAAGGGUUAUCUAGACUACCCAACUUAUGCUGAAGCCAUCAAACUAGGCUGGGACAAGGAAUAA